GUUAAGAAAGCGUACCGGCAGAAGGCCCUAACGUGUCACCCGGAUAAGAACCCGGACAAUCCCCGAGCAGCGGAAGUCUUCCACCAGCUGUCGCAGGCCUUGGCAGUGCUCACGGAUGCAGCAGCGAGGGGAAGCAUGCCCGCGGCCUAUGACAAAGUGAGAAAAGCAAAGAAGCAAGCUGCAGAGAGGACACAAAAACUUGAUGAGAAGCGAAAGAAAGUCAAGCUUGAUCUUGAAGCCAGAGAACGAGACGCCCAGGCCCGUGAGAGUGAAGAGGAGGAGAUCAGGAUAACAAGAUCAUUAGAACAAGAAAUCAUACGCCUGCGUGAAGAAGGCUCCCGUCAGCUUGAGGAGCAGCAGAGACUCAUUCUGGAACAGAUCCGGCUUGAAAAGGAGCAGCACGUCCAAGGCAAGCAAGCAAGAAACUUAGCAGAAGGCAGCAUAACUCCUAAACUCAAACUCAGAUGGAAAUGCAGGAAGGAAGAUGAGACGAGAGGAGGAUACUCAAAAGAUGUUCUCUUGCAGAUCCUGCAGAAGUAUGGUGAUGUGCUCAAUUUGUUGAUCUCGAGUAGGAAGACGGGGAGUGCAGUUGUGGAAUUUGCUACGGUUAAGGCCGCUGAGCUGGCUGUGAAGAAUGAAGUUGGCCUGGUAAAUAAUCCUCUGAAGAUUUCCUGGCUGGAGGGCCAGCCCCGGCACACCCCCAGCUCUGUCAGCGCUGCUCAGCCUAGGGCUUCCCAGGCAUCGGUGGUGUCAGAGCGGGACUACGAGAGCCUGGUGAUGAUGCGGAUGCGCCAAGCGGCAGAGAGGCAGCAGCUCAUCGAGCAGCUCAAGAGGGAAGACGAGGAAGAGUCUCACACCUGA